AUGGGCCAUUACUUGACCCCAACAAAGUGUGAUUGGAUUGUGCAGUGGCGUAAAGAAGGGAAGACACACAACUGGAUCCGUGAGCACCUCACCAGCCGCCACAACAUCUCGGAUUCGCAAAUUUAUCAGAUAGAGCGGGACUAUACAGAGAAGGAGAACUACUAUGACAAGGGACAUUGCUCCGGGUGUCCUGCUAAGCUCCGGCCUCGUGAUGUGCGAAAUGCUGUCUGUCACCUCAGUAAUCAGAGCAUCAACAAUGCAACUCAGCUGCAGCGGGAAUUCUUCCCUGAAGUCAGUGUACAAACUGUCAAACGAGGGCUUCAUGCAAUUGGACUCCAGGCCCACAUUUGUUGUGUGGUCCCCUUCAUCCCCAAGCACAAUCUACGGGUGAGAAUGCAAUGGGCAGAAUCCUUCUUGAAUUGGACGGUCAAGGAUUGGCGGCGUGUGUACUUCUCAGAUGAGUCUAUUUUUUGCGUUUUUGGGUCGGAUGGGGCGGAGUGGUGCUGGAGACAACUGAACAAAUGUCUCAAUCCACGAUUCACAAAGAAGAAGGUCAAAGGUGGCAGGGAGAAGGUCACAGUCUGGGGUAUGAUCACACUGGAGGGACUUGGACGCCUUGUGCACAUUGAAGGAAACAUGGACAAGUUCCUAUACCGUGACAUUCUACAGGACAAUUUCCUCAGAAGCCUAGACGACCUCAAUCUGGACCUUUGUGGCUGCUAUUUUCAGCAAGACAAUGAUCCAAAGCACACAGCACGCAUUGUUAGCGAGUGGUUUCAUGAAAACAGCAUUGAUGUGCUGCCCUGGCCGGCCACAAGCCCGGAUAUGAAUAUCAUAGAGCAUGUUUGGGAUCAUCUUGACCAUAUGGUGCGUGCUCGGCGCCCGCUCCCCUUAGGGGAGAAAGAUUUGUGGCAGGCUUUGCAGAAGGAGUGGGUCCGGAUGGAGAAGGUUUUAUUGCAAUGUUGUACGAGUCCAUGCCCAGGCGGGUGCGCACACUUUAUGAGGCAAAAGGGGGAACACCCGCUACUAAUUAGAUUUGCUGCACUUUCUUUGUAUCCUUCUCAAAAACAUGUUCUCGUCUGA